UUUUGUUUUGUGUUGAUUGUAUAAUUUCAUUUGCAUUUUAUUUGUUUGUAAUUUCAAUUUUGUGUUAGUGUAUUGUGUUUCUAAACUUUCGCAUAUAUGAAUAUACACAAAUUGGAGAAGAAAGAAUAAUUCAUUUUUAAAUUGAUGUUCAUAAGCCGAUAACAGUUUGGUUCUUACAAUUAAAAAAUGAGUUUAUCUAAAGAGACUCCCAACUGCGCAUUUUGCAGGAUAGGUAAAGGAAUUUAUUCUUGUCCACGAUGUAACCAGAAAUAUUGUUCAUCAAAUUGCUAUAAAUCUCAGAAUCAUGUAGAAUGUAGCGAAUCCUUUUUUAAGGAAUGGGUUGAACAGUCUCUGCAGCAAAAAUCAUGCGAUUCUGCUGAAAAAGAAAAUAUGUUAAAGUUAUUAAAGAGAUUCGAAGAAGAAUAUACUGAAGAUCCAGUUAGCAAUGAUUUUCCCCUCGAAGAAAGAUUUGCUGGAAUAAAUAUACAUGAUGCUGAUGAAAAUGUUAUCUGGCAGAAUUUAAAUGUUGAAGAGAAAAAGAAAUUCGAAACAUUUUUAGAAGAUGAAAAAAAAUUAGCAGCAAUUGUACCGGUGAAACAGCCAUGGUGGACUAAUACUACUUUGAAUCUUGUAGAAGAGGCAGAUAGUGAAACUAUUGAUUUGAAAGAUGAUGUUGCAUCUCGUCCCCCUUAUCCUCUCAAUAUCAAGAAGUUAUCCGAUUUGACUUCUAUUCAACCUUCUGAUUGUAUUAAGUUCAAUUUAGUUAAUGUGCUUUAUUCCUAUACUUUUUUGUUUCGAUUUUAUAAUUGUGACUUAAGAGAUUUUCGGGAAGAUGUUGUAGAUUAUAUGUUUGUUUUUUCUCCAGUGUUAUCUGAAGGAAAGAAUUAUUUUAGUUUAGAAGAGGUUAUUCAGGAUUCAAUUCGUUUGAUUUCUUCUUCAGAAUUUGGUACAUCUUUAACUUUUGUGAAAAGUGUUAUCAAUGAUGUGGGGAGCAUAAUGCAAGGACCUAAUAAUGCAAAAUCUUCUACAUUUGUUUUAUGUGCAUUGCAUGAUAUUAAAUUGCUCUUUCUUGAACUUAAGUACGCAAACAAAGAACGAAAAGAUGUAGAUAAAAGUUUUCAAAAGAAGUUAUUAUUUGCAAUGAAAAAGAUUGAGUAUUUUAUGAGUUGGUGUUUAGAUUUUGAGAGUACAAUCAGCGAUAUUGCUUCAGAAGCAGUUCUUUUAAUUCUACCAGAGCUUUUGCCAGUUAAAGAUAAAUGUGAACCUCAAAGUGAAGAUAAUAAAAAGCCUCUUAUAGAGGAACUUGAUUAAAAAAAUUGAUUACUUAUAUGUAAAUUUAAAUACUCAUUCUAUAGAUUUAAAUUUUUUAAUUACUAAUUAAUAUGUUUCUAAACAAAUUAGAAAUAAAUGUAAGAUCUUAAAUUAUAUUAGUGGAGUUAAUUAUAUUAAUGGUACUUGUUGUUUACUAAUGAUUUUAUUAUAUAUUUAACUAUUUUUACAUUUUUGAUGCACGAAGUAUUGGGAAUUUGUUCAUAUUAUAAUGCUAUUCAAUUUUAUUUAUUUUUUUUUUCAUUUUAAGUUAAAAUCUCUCUCUCUUUUUUUUAAAUUUAUAAUGUAAUCUGUUCAUGUAAUACAAUUUAA